UCUGACCACGCCCAUGUAACGUUUUUGAUAGCUGCGGAAACGAUCCGACUGUUAUGUCGGUUGGCUCUCGUGGGCGUGUCAGUGGGCCUGAGUUACUGACUAACGCACCAGUUACUCUUCUUUUUCCCUGCGCCAGCGUUUUGUGUUUGGUAUUGUUUGUCUCACAAGACCAGCGUGCACUUUGACCUAAAGGAUAUCCUGUGCCUGCUCGGCAGCUGGAGACAGAGAACACUGUCAAACAGCACGGGACUGAAGCUUCGUACAGCUUUUACGCACAUUUACUAACAUUAAAGGGGAUUUUUUUUUUCUUUCUGCACAACAGAAGGUGGAAACGUUAACUUGAUGGAGGAGACAAAAGAAGGGACAACUCUGCCUGUGCACAGCCAAAGCAUCAAGGUUACAGACGUGCUGAAAGAUGGGGAGACGCUUACUUUUGUAGUUGUGUCUCAGAAGCACUCUGGGAUGGGGGAGUACCAUGUGCACCGGACCUAUGAUGACUUUGAAUGGCUGCAGCAGCACCUGUUCUCACAGGAGGAUGUUCCUGGGAUCCACGGUGUCAUAUUUCCUCCUCUUCCUCCAAAGGCUCAGCUGAAUGCAUCUGGGAAGGUUCUAAAACAGCUUGGCUUCCUCAGUUUGGGAGAGUGGCAACCGUACAGUACAGCUUUGGAAACUUUUCUCCAUCAGGUUGCUGCACACAGCUUACUCAGUAAAAAUAAAGCUGUGGAGAUCUUUCUCACAAGCUCUGAGCCACCAGGGAAAGACAAAGUGAGGAAAAACAUCUUCAACCGACUGAGUCAAGCUGUGGAAGAAAUGAGAAAAGAAGGUCAUAAGGAUGUGGAUAGUUCUUUCAAACUGAACUGUGAUCAUAACCUCCUUCUAACCGGGCUCACCAAAACAGCAGCUGAAAGAUUCCUGGAUGUGGUACAAACUGAGCAAAAAAUAGCAGUGGCCUGUGGGCACUUCUCAGCUGCUCUGCACCUCUGUGUGGAACCCGGAGAUGAUCCUGACAAGCAGGAUUUUUCUAAGACCUGUGUGAAAAUAUCAGAGGUCUUUGAGUUAAUUAAGAAAAACAUGAGCAGUGUUGCUGAGAAUAAUGUGUGCACUCUUGGCUUUGGCCUGGACCUGGAGUCACGCUGCCAGGAUGCAGAAAAGGAAAUGUUGUUCAGAAGAACCUGUAAACUAGUGGAAAUGGAGACGGCCAUUAGGAAUGCAGAGAAAGCGAAACCUGUAAAGAAAGCUGCUAUGGAGGAGUUGAAGAAGGCAGCAGAGAAGGAUUUUGCACAAAUCUGUGAAGUGGCUAAACAGGAGAUUGCACAGUUCCAGGAAAAGCGUGUGGACGCGCUGCAGUGUGCUUUGGUUGAGUGGUGCAAGAAGCAGCUUCACACAGCCAAGGAGAGCGCCGCCCUCUACGACCAGCACCUCCAAGCCUUCAAAGCCAUGGCCUAGUGACCUCACGAGCACGCCUCUACCCGAAAUAAAAACCUCUUCAGUACA